UUUCACAUCUCACAUCGAUCCCCAUUAAUCCUACCGUUUUAUGUUCAUUUGUUUUCCUUUCUUCUCUUCUCUCUCACUCUCACCCUCACCCUUAGCCCCUUCCACCCGCUACGCAAAUCUAGAACAAAACCACAAAAUAAUUUUUUUUUCCUUCUUCUUCCCAAAACUAGAGCCUCCAAGCUCAUAGAAAAUGAAAAACAUGGUUUGUCCCGAAACUGAAAGUGAAAGUGUCUCACUCAAGAGGAAAAAAGUGAUGAUAAUGAAAGAGCUUGUUAAGGGCCAAGAAGCCGCUACUCAACUCAUGCUUCUUCUCGAGAACCCCUCUUGGAGUGACACUGAUCGGGACUCUCUCUCAUCUCAGGAACUCAUGGCCAAUGUCCUCACAUCUUUCACACAAGCUCUUUCUAUCAUAACUGCUUCUGCAGAUGACGUUAUUCCUCCGCUGAAUCUCCACAGUUCCGGCGAUGAUCAGUGCAGUGGGAGUGGGAAGAGAUCCCAAAAGGGUGGAAGAGGUCGCUAUCAUAGAAGGAGGAGUGCAUUGACAUGGACCGUACUCUCGAGCACCACUGAAGACAAUCAUGCAUGGAGGAAGUAUGGGCAAAAGGGAAUUCUGAAUUCUGAAUUUCCUAGGAGUUACUUGAGGUGCAGUCACAAGUAUGAUCAAGGUUGUAAAGCAACCAAACAGGUGCAGCGGUGUGAAGAGAAUCCUGAUAUGUACCAAACUACAUACAUUGGCAUGCACACAUGCAAUGCCAAACCCCCCAAGGCUACACAUUCGACCACAAAUUCUACUACUUGGGAAUCAUAUCUUCUGAAUUCUGAUCGUGACUCCAAGGUACCAAAUGUACAUGAUCACCACUCACCAAGCUUAACUAUAAAACGAGAAUUUCCCAAAGAAAACACAUCAAGUGAUGUUACAGAUCACAAUUUGGAUCCUAGCCUGUGGUCAGAAUUGAAGGAUUUUGAAUCAUCGAUCCAACCCUACCAUUAAAGAGAUAAUGCAGACAAUGUGUAUUAGUCCAUGCACAUACUCUCAAUCUGGACAUGGAUUUUGGGGUGGCAAGUGGCAAUUGUUCAUUUCGGCACUCACUUCUGCUUUGAUGAAAAUUAGGUGCUUUAAUGUUUUAUGAA